AAGAACGAUGAGCUUCGAUCUGUUCUUCAACGCCGGCGGCUACUGGGCUCGCGAUGGAUCUUAUCUUGGAGGGGAUCCUCAUGAAGGUUAUGAAGACAACAUGAGCAAGAUUUCUUGGUUUCCACCCGAAACCAUAGAGAGAGAAGAUAUAGAGGACGAUGAGACAAUGCAGAAGGCGGCCCGUAUUGCCGCAGAAUUCAGAGAGAAUCCAAACAUUUCAGCAAUGCAACUGCAGAACAAGCUCCUCAGAUGCAACAUCAAUGUACCUUGGACGAUUUGUGAGAGGACAAUGAAAAUGAAAGAGUUAAAGGAGUAUGAUCCGGUUGCACACGCUGAUUUAAAGAUAAACAUUUGGGUUCCAUGGACAAGGUUAUUUCUUGUCAGUGGUAUACUUUGUUCCCACAUUUGUUCUGCGCUUAGGCUAGAGAAAAAUGCAGAUCAAAAUCCUAGGACCUUGAUUAGCAGUUGGUAUUCGACUGAGAACCUUAAGAGAUGCUAUGAGAUUCCUAUGGGUCCUGUCAAUGGAAUGAAUUUGUGGAAGAUAACCACUGAUGAGAUGGUUAGACCGUCUUUCUUUAAGAGUCCAGGAGGCAGACCACCAGGGAAGAAGCGAAAGAAAGAGAAGGGUGAGAAAGAAGCACCAGGAGUUGGUAAAAGAGGGAUCAAAAUUCAUUGUGGCAAUUGCGGUGAAGAAGGCCACAAUAAGAGCAGAUGUAAAAAUGCUGAAAAACCAAAGCCUCCAAAAAAGCCUCCAGGUAGGCCGCGUGUGAGACCUAUUGCAGAUUCUGCUCAGCAACCUGGAUCUCUAGCUGUUUCAGCUUCGGCUUGGGAUUCUGCUGAACCUGCUUCUUUAUCCCAGCCUGUUCAGAAUGAGAUUUGGAGGCCUUGGGGUGAAGCUGAAGGUAGGUCUUUCUCUCAGUCUGCUGAAGGUGAGUCUUUAUCUCAGCUUGCUGAAGAUCUUCCAAGUUUGUCCUCUGCAUUGCCGAAAAGGAAGCCAGGCAGGCCACGCAAGUAUCCACACAAGGGAGCCUCAUCUUCUCAGCCUUCUAAUGAAACGAUCAAGCCACAAAAGGGAGCCUCGUCUUCUCAGCCUACAUAUGACAGAGGGCCAACUACCAUCCCACGAGAGGGUUAUGGUAUAUUCACAAGUCCUGUAACAGGUGAUGACUACAUUCAGGUUGGUAGGUCUGUGACCGACGCGAGGGACAACACAAUUCUACCUAGCACACUCUACAAUGCAAGAGAACAAAAAAAGCUUGAUGUAGCUCGUAGACAUGGUCGUGGUCGUGGCCGUGGCCGUGCUAGUGGGUCAUCGCAG